AGUAUGUUAAAGCUUUUCUGUACAUAAACCUCAUAAUUUCUUUAGGCUGUAAGCAGCUGAGCUGAUGAGAAGCCAACGAAAUAAGCAAUGAUGGUACCAUCUUGUUAUUCUGCACAAACCACCACUGUUGUUGUUCUUGCUCUAUUCAAAUUCAUGUUACACUUUAGAAACUGUACUCUAUGUCGACCAGUAUAGUAUUUGACUUUAAACCUAUCUUAAACUGAAACCAGAGCAGCGCUGUCAACAUCGGUCUAGAGACAGUGGAAUAAUACAACAUAAGCCCUUUACUCAUAAAGUGUUACUUGCUUGUUGUAGUCGUCUACUAUGCAAGCAAACUCUAUAUCGAAUCAUCAUUGCUCAGUCACAAAAGCCUUCACAUGACAGGUGGAAUUAACACUGGUUAUUGCGCGAAAAUGUAUUUUGCUUGCUGAGUGCUGUACUUUCUUUUACCUAAAUUACCUGAUAAAGUUUGAAAGUUUUAUUUAUCAUUGAAGAAAUAUUGUAUUGUUUUCUCUUACAAACAUUUUGUUUUUCAAUUUUAGUUGCCUUCUAAAGGACUACUGUUUUAUUCCUGGUCCAAUGACUUCCUUUUGCAUGCAGGAAAGUGGGACAGAUUAUUAUUGUCAAGAUUCAAGACUACUUCAACAAAAUAUCUAACAAAAAAUAAUGGAAAACAUUGGAGUAGGCUUGGCGUGAAACCUGAUGCGGAACCAGGAUGUCCUAUUGUCGAUCAAGAAGUAGACACUGGGAUGAAGACUGUUGUACGUGUGCCUAGCCGUCAACUUGCAGCCAGGACUAGUGGAGGUUCAGCUGAGGCGUAUAUGCAACCAAAACCAGUCAAUAUGAGGUAUAAUCCGCGUAUGUACGAUGGUGGUCUACUGCCUAGACUGGACUACACUGAUAGACAGGUAGUACUACCGGAAUUUAAACCACGCGAUAUGUGGGCUCCACAUCGUGCAUAUUUUGGGCAAAAUGACUACAUAGAUAUUCUUGGUGAUGGAAAAAUCAAACCACGUGAUUUCUACACUGGACCACCGUGGAUAUUAGGUGCACGAAAUGAAUAUCAACGUGUAUGCGGCCGACUGAAUAAUUCAGCUAUUGUUGCAUGGAUGGAAGAAUUUGAACCAACCAAACUGCAAGAUGAAUAUAAAUUACAAAGAUAUUUAUAUAAAAAGAUGAAUAAACGUAAAAAUAUCAAAUUUCAACGAUAUCGUGAUUCACCAUAAUUUCAAUCUAUUUAACUGCGUUUAUCUCUUUUUUUUGGUUUCUUUAAAUAUUGUGUACAUAUAGGCAUAUAAAUAAUUAAAUAAAUAAUAAUUAUUAUUAUCUGCUUAAGUUCCUAGACAGGAACAUAAGGAUUCAGCCGGGCACUUCUCCAUUGAGUUUGGUUCUCCAACAACGUUUUUAUCAUCUGGCGGCUCCACACGUUUCCCCAAAUGCUUUCAUCUCCUCUUCGCAUGACCUCCUCCUCCUCUCCCAUGUCAUCCUCA